AAGUUUCGCCUUAUUAGUUAACACAUAAUUUUCUUCUUUCUACAUAUUUCUCUUUAAUCAUGUUAAUUGUACAUUUUAAAUAUUUGCAUUACAAUGUAUAUUCAUGUUAUUUAUGAUCUACGUAGGUAAAAGGUGUAUGAAAUCUUAAAACUUCGAAUUUUUCAGGGACUUAUUGCUAACUAUCCGGCUACUUCCGGUAUGUUGAAAUAAUGUGUUUGGCGCGAUAGCGACGAACUGGUUUCCUAAUCGAAAGUAAAAAUGGCUGAUAGUGCAAGCGAAAGUGACUCUUCUUCCAUAGAUGGAGGUCCUAUUAUGAUGCCUCCAUCACCUAUUACUAGAGAACAAAUGCAGAAACGCAUUGAUUCUCUUCAACAGCAGAACCGUGUUUUAAAAGUAGAACUAGAAACUUAUAAGCUUAAAAUGAAAGCUAUGGAAGAAGAAUGUAAACGUUUACGAGAAACUUCAGUUUAUAUACAAGUACGUGCUGAACAAGAGGAAGAAUUUAUUAGUAAUACAUUGUUAAAAAAAAUACAGGCUCUUAAAAAAGAAAAAGAAACAUUAGCUCAUCAUUAUGAACAAGAAGAAGAAUGUUUAACAAAUGAUCUCUCAAGAAAACUUACUCAAUUACGCCAAGAAAAAUGUAAGCUAGAGCAAACACUUGAACAAGAACAAGAAUGUUUAGUCAACCGUUUGAUGAGAAAAAUUGAAAAACUUGAAGCUGAAACUACUACAAAACAAUCUACUUUAGAACAAUUAAGACGUGAAAAAGUUGAUUUGGAAAACACUUUAGAGCAAGAGCAAGAAGCUCUUGUAAAUAAAUUAUGGAAACGUAUGGAUAAGCUAGAAGCUGAAAAAAGACAAUUACAAAUAAAAUUGGAUCAACCUAUUUCUGAUCCAAUAUUACCUAGAGAUCAAGUAGGACCCAAUAAAGGAGAAAUGGCUACAAAUAUAAGUGCUCAUUUACAACAUUUACGGGGUGAAGUUACCAGAUUACGUCAUCAGCUUGAUGUUUCUAAAAAAGAAAAUUCUAAAAAAAUGGAAAAGAUGGCUAAAGAAGAACGUCAAGUACGAGAAGAUAAUUUACGUUUGCAGCGUAAGUUACAACUCGAAGUGGAAAGACGAACUGCUUUGUGUCGUCAUUUAUCAGAGUCGGAAAGUAGUUUAGAAAUGGAAGAAGAACGUCAGUAUAAUGAAAUGGCAUCAAAUCGUUGUCGAACAUCGUCAAGCCCUCUUCCUUAUCCACCUUCUCCUUGCCAAUCUAGACCUCUCAGUCCAGGAUCUGUAACUGGUACACCUGGUGUGUUCCGUGGUGAUAUUGGUGUGUUAGGCUAUACUAAUAUAAAUCGUUGUUAUGCCUGUGGCCAAUCAGUACAACCUAAUCUUAUCAUUGGAGCAACAUCAACACCAUUAUGUCCCACUACUCAAGUGAUAAAUCAAUCACGAACUUUAUCAUUAGGUCGACCAGGAAAUGAACGGUUUGUUAAGCCUAUUGUACCACUUUGUUCAAAUACUGGUAACAUCAGUGGUGGUGUACCCACAGGCUCACAAAUACCAUCUCCUAAUCCACCACCAUCUACUUCUCCUGGUACAUUAAUGGAUUCUGCCAAGUACUAGAGUUAUCUUUAUCAUUUUAUUUUACUACACUGAUAAUGUUACUACUAAGUUUUUUUUUGUUCAUUUGUUUUUUUUAUUUUUAUUAUUAUUAAUAAUCUCAUUGAAGUAAUCAUAUCUUAUGCUUUUAAAUGGUAAAUAUAUUUAUAUAUACAUAUUUAUAGUUUGUCUUAGGUUUUUCUCUUAAAAAAUAAAAACAUAUAGAGAAAAAUAGUAUUGAUUGAUAAAAAUUUAAUUGUAGUUUCAUUUAAAUUUAAAUAAUUAUUUAUUUAAAAAUUAAGAUUAUUGUUAAAAUUUCUAUUUUUCAAUGUGGUCCUUGACCUGAAUACUAUUGAAUAUAUACUUGAAAUAUUUCAAUAUACAAAUAAAAAGUGUUUAUUUUUUUUGAAUGGGUGUGUUUAGUGAUUUUAUCUUGUAAAUGUAAAGUGAAAACUCAAUUAUGUUUUGCGCUGUAUGUAUAUAUUAACCUCUUACUUGUAAUAUAUAAAAAAUCAGUUUAUUAAAAUUUAUGUAAAUAUGUAUAGAGUGAUUCAUUUGAUUAUAAACUUUUAAUUUCUAAAAGAAAUAAUAAUUUUUAUAUUUUGAUUUUAAGAAACUUCAUUAGAUACUGAAGUAUUGUAUGUUAUUUUAUUAUAUACAGUUUAUAAUUUCUAUCUUUUUUUAACUAAUAAAGUUAAUUUAAUAAUAAUGUUUACACCUAUAUAACAGAAAAUUUAUAUUAAUAUAAAUGGAACAUAAUGUUGGAUAA